UUGAAUCUCACGAAUAUUCACAAUUCUAAAUUCCGAGUUCAUGAUUAUCCAAACCUACCUAAUUUCAUCCCUAAUGGUAUAAUUUCACAAAUGAGAUCGUAAUUUUUUUUUUUUUUUAAAAUAAAAUUCUUUAUAUUAUCGAUAUAUAUAAGUCAGAAAUGCAAUUAUAAUUCAUACAUAUCUUCUCCUUCACUUUAGUUUUCUUUUGACUUUGAAUAACCCCAAAAAAGAGAAAGAGACAAGAAAAAUGACAACAUAAUAUUAAUUUCUGCAACACAGCACGAAGCUUCGUUACGCGCAAAUGCCACGCAAUACCGACUUUCCAACCGCCAUUUAACUACUUUAAUUCCCAAAUCCCAAAUUAAAACUAUAUGUUAUAACUAUCACACUUGCUAUAUAAAUCCCAUUAUCCCACAACAAUUUUAUUCUUCUCAAAAAAAGAUUCAAAUUCAUAUAAAGAUCGCAAAAAGAAAAAAUACAAGUGUUUUUGUAUAGUAUGUGCAUGGAGACUAUUUCUAGUAUGGAGAACAAGUCCGUUUUCUCAAAAUUGAAGAAUAAAUUAUCGUCGAAAAAGUCAAUUACUAUCGACGAUACUACUACUAGUACUACUAUUACUAGUAAUAAUACUCUUUCUGUGAGUAUAAUUACUAGUAAUAGUAGUGAAAAUAUUGAUCAAUUGGAGAGGGUAUUUACGUACUUUGACGAGGAUGGGGAUGGGAAAGUGUCACCGGCGGAGCUGCGGAGGUGUGUGAAGGCGGUAGGUGGAGAUUUAACGGUGGAGGAGGCGGAGGAGGCGGUGAGGCUAUCGGAUUCAGAUGGGGAUGGGUUAUUAGGAUUAGAUGAUUUUAGUAAAUUAAUGGAAGGCGAAAAGAAUAACAGUAAUAAAGAGGGUGAAUUAAGAGGUGCAUUUGAGAUGUAUGAAAUGGAAGGAAGUGGACAAAUUACACCUAAGAGUUUGAAGAGGAUGUUAAGUAAACUUGGUGAGUCUAAAUCCAUUGAUUGUUGCAAAGCUAUGAUUCAAAGAUUUGAUCUUGAUGGUGAUGGAGUUCUUAGCUUUGAUGAGUUUAAAAUUAUGAUGAAUAGUCAUAAUACAUAAUAUAUAUGUAUGUACACAUGAAAUGAUUCUUUGUUCUUGGAGCUCAAAAUAAUGUUGAUUGAUGGAUUAUGAAAUACAUUAUGUUGUUAUCAAGAUUUGCCAAACAUCAAUUAAUGUAUGUAUUUUAAUUA